AUGGAUUGUUUUUAUUCUAUUCAUCGUCCAUGCUCUCUAUUGUGUGCACUUUUUGGCCUCUCCCUAAUCGCUGUGCAACAGAUUCAUGCAUUACAGAGGCUGAGAUUAGGACAUUCCCUCACACCGGAAAGAAAUCAAACUGUCCUACAGUCUCCGGAUGGCACAUUUUCCGCUGGGUUUUAUGCUGUUGGCAUCAACGCCUAUGGUUUUGCAAUAUGGUAUUCUCAAACUCCCUCCCCGUAUACAGUUGUUUGGAUGGCCAACAGGAACAAACCUGUUAACGGCAAGCAUUCCCGCCUUCGUCUUCAGAGGGACGGAGACUUCGUACUUUUGGAUGCAGAUGGAAGUGCUGUAUGGACAACGAACACAAAAGAUAUUGGUGUGAAGGAAGCGAAGCUUCUACCUGUGGGAAAUCUGAUUCUACUCGGCUCUUCUGGACAAAUAAUUUGGCAGAGCUUCGACUCGCCUACUGAUACCCUCCUUCCCCAGCAGCUAUUCACAAAGAAAACACAGCUCAUUUCCAGAGUGGGAUCGGACAACUACAGGUCUGGCUACUAUCGUUUUUAUUUCAACGAUGACAGCUACCUGAGCCUCAUUUACGAAGGGUUGAAUAUCUCCAGCAAGUAUUGGCCUGAUCCAGAGAAACUUCCGAUUGAUAACGGUAGAAGCAUUUAUAAUAUUACUCGUGUAGCAGUUCUCGACGGAUCUGGUGGAUUCAGGUCAAGCGAUAACUUUAGCUUUAACGCGUGGGAUUAUGGUGAAGGGCCACUCAGAAGAUUGACACUGGAUGCUGAUGGUAACAUGAGAUUAUACAGCCUCAAUUUGCCAAAUCAAAGCUGGAAAAUCUCAUGGAUUGCAAUGUUACAGCAGUGCAGUAUUCAUGGUCUGUGCGGUCCUUAUGGUAUGUGCACAUAUACACCAGAGCCCAUAUGCGUGUGCCCACCUGGUUUUGAAAGGGUUGAUUUGAAUGAUUGGUUCAAAGGAUGCCGGCCGAUCAAGGAGCUCUCUUGCGGUGCAAAUAGUUCGCAGAUUAUUAAGCUUCCGUUCGCCGAUUAUUACGGUUAUGAUUAUUUCAAAAGAGAUGGUUUGUCAGUACGGGAGUGCGAAAAACUCUGCAUGGAUGAAUGCAAUUGUUUAGGGUUUAGCUACAGAGGUAACGGCACAAACUCUUGUUAUCCAAAGUUUUUACUUAUUAGUGGAUCUCAAACUAUAAUGGCCCGAAAUGACAUGUACAUUAAGAUCUCCACUGAUGAAUCUUCAGCGACCAAUGUCUCAUCUGUGCUACAAUUACUGCAAUCUGACUCGGGCUCACCACAAUGUUCACCGCAGUUAGAAUCAACCCUAGUACAGCCACAAAAUAAUUCGUCCACAGUUGGAAAGAAGGGGCGAACAAGUCAGGUGACCGUUGCUCUGGUCUCUUUUGUUGCUGCUCUUGGGUUAACAGAAAUUGUUUCCAUAGCUUUGGGACGAUGGUUGUUCAUUAAAGCCUUUGACGAGGCCGAUAUCUAUAAUCGCCAAGGCUACUUUGCCAUUGCUGGAGUGCUUAAAAGGUUUGAGUUCUCAGAACUCAGAAAAGCCACCGAUAAUUUCAGUGAAUGUGUGGGAAAGGGUCGAUUUGGGAGUGUGUACAAGGGCCUUCUCCUCCCCGAAAACAAAGUGAUUGCAGUGAAGCGAUUAGAAAGUGUAUCUCAAGGAGAAGGUGAGUUCCGGACAGAAUUAAGCUUGAUUGGCCGAGUCAGUCACAUGAAUCUGGUUAGAAUGUUUGGAUACUGUGCGGAGGCAAAGCACAGACUUCUAGUUUAUGAGUAUGUAGAGAAUGGUUCACUGGAUAAGUAUUUGUUUACCCAAGACAGCUCAAGAGUCUUAGAUUGGAACACAAGAUUUCAAAUUGCAGUGGGCACGGCGAGAGGGUUGGCUUAUCUGCACGAGGAAUGCCUGGAACGAGUUCUCCACUGCGACAUCAAACCAGAGAAUAUUCUUCUAGAUGAGCACUUUCAUGCCAAAGUUUCAGACUUUGGGAUGGCAAAGCUUGCUGGUAAUGGGCAUGGGAAUAAGGGCCUCGCUUUCUCUACCAUACGAGGAACAAGAGGUUAUCUGGCACCAGAGUGGACGAUGAACUUACCCAUCACAGCCAAGGCAGACGCUUACAGUUUCGGGAUUCUUCUCUUAGAAUUAGUUAGCGGGCAGAAGGCUUCGGAGUUUAAUAUGUCUGGGAGUAAUUUUGUUCAAUGGGCUUCCGACAAUGUUAGAGAAGAAAGAUGGAGGGAGAGCAUGGUGGAUCCCAAAUUAAGAGGGAGGGAUGUGGAGUGGAAAUCAAAGAUGGAAAUUGAGAGGGUGUUGAAAGUAGCGUUGCUGUGCAUUGAGGAGGACAAUCGUAAGAGGCCUUUCAUGAGUCAAGUGGUUGAGAUGUUAACUCCGGCAGUAAGAGGAGAUGUAAAAGAGAUUGAAAUGGCUCAAAUAUUCAGGCAGACCAGCGAGUUCUCGGCUUAUGAAUCGACUCUUUCAGAUGCAUCAACAUCCCAAACUUCUCCCUUAUUAUCCUCAGUUGAUUAUGGGGUGAGUGAAUUUUCUUCGAAGCAAUCAAAGAUCAUGUUUGUUGAAAAUAAUCUGUUUUUCUAUUUUCAGAAUAUUACACCUUAA